AUAACAAUAUAGUUUCAGUUAUAGUAGAUUUUAAUAAUUCAAAUUCUGCAUUUAGUAAUAACUUGGAUUUGGAAGAAAAGAUCGAAUUUGCUGAUGAACCAGAAAUAUUGGAUGUUAAAACUAAGAUAAAGAUAAAUCAAAUUAAAAUUAACACUUUACAAAACUAUUAUUCAACUCAUGAACCUUUUCUUGCAACAAUUCUCAAUUCCAGAAAUAAAAAAAUAGAGUUUGCUACAGACAGUCAAAAGAUCAAAGCUAAAACUUAUUUGAUAGCUAAAUAUGAACUUUUUAAAGAAUCAGCAUCAACAUUAUAUGAUAUAACACAAAUAAAAGAUAAUAAGAAAGAAAAUGCAUUAUUAGCUGCCAUAUACAUAUCCUCUAUUCAGAAUCUUGAAAUUAAUAAAGAAAUUCAACAAAAUAGCAUGCAAUAUUUGUGCAUUCCAGCUACUUCUACAUCCAACAAGCACCUUUUUAGUAAAGCAGAAAAUCUUAUAACUACAAAACAUAAUUAUUUAAACUCUGAUUUAUUUAAGCAAAU